GGCAGAAUUUGGAGAGCACAAUGUGCCUACGAUAUGUUUCUUCUUCGUGUUAUAGUUGAGCUUUAUUUAAGCUUAGCUGAAUCAAAUAUAGAAGUAAGACGUGUACACCAUGACAAACCUGUUGAUUAUAAAAAUGGGGGAGAAAGGAUAAUUGAUGGAAUAAAUAAAUGGUUUGAGGAGUUUGGAGGAUUAAAUAAAGAAGGUUAUGAAGUAUUUGAAAAUAAAAUUAAAAAUAAUAUAAAAAUAGUACUCUAUAAUGAAAGAGGUAUUUUUAAAUAUAUGGAUAGUGCAGAUACUUGGGCAGACCAGAACCAGACCAGAAAAAUCUUCAAAAUCACAACCCGAACGAUUUUUUUCUCACCUCGAGACAUCCCUGACUUAUGUAGACCUGUUGCACUUCCAGAAAGAAUAUAUAAAUGAAUAAAAAUAAGUGGAAUAUGGAGGCCCUUCCCAUGAUGGUUCUGUUCAAUCCCUCCUAAUUAUCUAUUUUCGGGAAUGACAAAGGAUCGCUCUCUAUAGGUUAAACAGUCUGUCCUCAAUUUUACAUAUACCCAAGAAUACUUAGGAUGGAAAGGA